GUGCAGUUUUAUUUUAUGUCUGAAAAUAUGAAGAAAGACUCUCCUUUUAUAUCAAGACACAUCAGAAAGCGGUUGAAAGAAAUGGAAAUAACAAAGCUAACAGAAAUACAGCAAAAGGCCAUUCCUUAUGCAAUGGAGGGGCGAGACCUGCUUGGGAUUGCAAACACUGGCUCUGGAAAGACUCUGUCUUUUCUCAUUCCAGCAGCUGAAAAGCUCAUUCUGGAAAAAGAAGUCAAGACACCCAAAGUGCUGGUCAUAUCGCCAACAAGAGAGCUGGCCAUGCAGACAUCGCGAGUGGCCCAGAGGCUCUUUGCAGAUCACCCAGACAUUAGAACAGUUCUUUUUGUAGGGGGAACAAAAAAAGCAGAUGAAAAUGAGCAGCUGAAGAAGGGGUGCGCAAUUCUUGUAUGCACACCAGGACGGCUUCUAGACCAUUUGAAAUCUGGCCUGUCUUUGAAAAAAAUAGAAAUAGCAGUGCUUGAUGAGUCCGACCGAAUAUUGGACAUAGGAUUUGAGAAGGACAUGUGCGAGAUUCUGACAUAUCUGCCCAAAAAGAGGCAGACACUUAUGUUCAGUGCUACAAAUACAGACAAUGUUCUGUGCCGGUCAUGGCUGUCAAAGAGGUAUAAAAAAGUGCAGGUAAAGAUAGACGAUAAGAUAACUGCAGCAGGGCUCAAGCAAUCAUUUGUAGUUUGCCCAGAGGACAAGAGAUUCUCUCUUCUUUUCUCCUUUUUGAAGAGAACAGACGAGAAAGUGAUUGUGUUCUUCUCGACGUGCUCCUCGGUUAUGUUCCAUGGAGAGCUAUUUUCUCUGCUUGGAUUCAGUGCGGGUGUGCUUCACAGUGGUGUCAAGCAGGACAGAAGAGCAAGAGUAUUUGAUGAGUUCUGUGAGGGCAAGAUAAAAGUGCUUUUUAGCACAGAUGUAGCAGCCCGUGGCCUGGACAUUCCAAAUGUCAGAUGGAUUGUUCAGUACGAUCCGCCCACUGACCCAAAAGAGUACAUUCACAGAGUAGGAAGGACUGCCCGAGCAGGAGCCUUUGGAGAGGCUCUUAUGUUUUUGCUUCCACAUGAAAAGAUCUUCAUUAAGUAUCUCAAGCAUCUUGGAGUAGAAGUAGAUGAGCUGACAUUCAAAGAGCCGCAGGACAUCACAGACUACUACAUAAAAACGAUUAGCGCAAACUAUUAUCUAGAAAAAGGCGCCAAGGAGGCCCUCAGAGGGUAUCUACAGGCGUAUGCAGGGCACAAGUUAAAGAAAGUCUUUGAUGCUUCAAAAAUAGAGCUGAAUAAAAUAUCUAAAUCAUUUGGGCUAGCCUCAAUGCCUAAAAUAGACCUGACCAUAUGUGCUGGAAAAUAA